AUGACACCACUAUCCUAUGCCAGUCUGACUACUGUAUUACAGCAUUUGCCAGCGGAUAAGCGAAUUUCCAUCUCUCAUAGAUGCCCAACUAUCCGACGAUUCGAGAAGAUCGUUCCGAUGAAAAUUCGAUAUCUUCAUAUCGAAGGAGCAAAGUUGAUAGUCGAUGACACAUGGUUCGAUAUGGACAUUCGAGAUUUCUACGAUAUUCUGCCCCAUCCUGUUUCUGGGAUGUCGACUUGGACAGAACCCGAGAGGCAGACUCUGAGGGUACACUCAAUAAGGGAAUCCGCGUGGAAUGAAACCCUUCAAAUGGGAAAUCGAUCGAGGAAAGAUGCGCUAGAAUAUCUUUUAUUAAAGAUUUUCGGUGGCCGUUCCAGAAAUGUCAUCAACUGCAAUACUGUAUCGAUCGGCUAUCCCAGCGGCGAAAUCGACGCAUUAACACCCCCGAUCUAUCCGAUACCAAAUCUUCCGGGACUCUUGAGAUUCCACACAAAGCAUUUGAUUCUUACUGAUACGGUUAAUUCUGAUGAUCUAAAUCGAGUUCUUGCCCCAACAAGCUUCCCGCUCGAGUCGAUAAUGCUGUAUGGGGAGUAUAUUGUACAGCAGUUGCAAUUUCCAAUCGUUCAAGAAUCGAAGAAACUAAUUCUAUCGCUAGAACUCGAUUAUCAGGAAGAAAAAUACGGCGAUUUAUCCGAUCUAACUCAUUCGAGAAUCCAUUUCUAUAGACAUCACUGGAAUACGAGGAAUGUUGUAAGACUGUUAGUCAGUUGGAGAGACACUCAGAAACCCAUUGGAACACAUUUCUCGUUUGAAAGACCAACUGUUGGCGGGAUGCGACGUCUGCUUCGUAACAUUGGCGACAGAUUCCCGGAAUCCAGACUUCGAAAGAUUGGGAACAAGAGCCGUCCCUUUCUACCCGAUCAAGUUCUCAUUCCACUCAACGACUAUUCUGAGAUCAAAGUGUUCUGUAAGGUGACAACGAAGAAGAAGCUGAAAUCUCUUCAUCUGAAGGUUCAACCUAUCAGAAGAUCAUAA